CGCCGGCCGGGCAGAGCAGUCGGAGAGCGGACGCGCGCAGCGCGCACACGCAGCAGCGGGACGCACAUGGGCUGGUGACAUGGUGCCCUUUCCCCAGCCUCCUGUCCCCCUCCCCCUUCUCCUCCCUGUGUGGCUCCUCCUGUCCCUCGCCCCCCCCUGCCAGUCCCAGUCCUCGCUACGCUGGACGGCCCCUCAGGACCCGUGCUACCAGGCGGACGGGCGCCCCAAGCACUGCCUCUCGGAGUUCAUAAACGCCGCCUACGGCGUCCCGGUGCAGGUGUCCAGCGGGCCGGGCGGGACGAGCAGCAACGUCAGCUCCCUCACAGACCUCCACAACCCCCACAAUGCGAGCUGCUGGCCGGGGGCCGCCGACCCGGGCGGUGACUGGACGCUGAACGUGCCUCUGGGCCGCCGCUUCGAGGUCACCUACAUCAGCCUGCAGUUCUGCCAGCAGGGGGAGCCUGCGGACUCUCUCUCCAUGUCCAUCCUCAAGUCCAUGGACCACGGGCGCAGCUGGACGCCCUUGCAGUUUUACUCCCCUGACUGCCCGAGGACGUUCGGCAUGCCCUCUCGCACCGCGGCUCCGUCCCGCCGCCAGGAGAUGGAGCCCUUGUGCUCGGACCCGAGACCGCUGCAGAAGCACAGAGGGGGGCUGCUGCUGGCCUUCUCCACCCUGGACGGGCGCCCCUCCGCCUCUGACUUUGACAACAGUCCCGUGCUGCAGGACUGGGUGACGGCCACCGACAUCAGGGUGGUGUUCCACCAACAGAGGGGCAAGGGGGCGGAGCCUGCCAGCCCUGGGGCGGCGACGCUGAGGUGGAGGGCGGAACCGACGCAAAAGGAGAGGGCUUCACAGAAGGGACCGUGGGGCGAUCGAGGCGCCCGAUUCACCGCAGGCGCGGGACAUGGCGUGAAAAAGACUGUGGGAAAAGAAAGCGCUUGGGGAGGCGGGGCCAGCAGGGCUGGACAAGCCAAAGAGGAGCAGAGCGUAACCCGGAAACGGGACGCGACCCCACAGAACGUUGCGACUUCCUCCGGGAAGGGUGCUGCCAAAGGCAAAGGUCAGGGGCGCGAGAGGGCAGGGCGCCGUGGGAAGGCAUGUGGGGAGAGAGGCUGCGAUUGGACCGUUGCGAGUCGAGGGCCGAGCUCCACCGGGCGGGAGCUCAGGAAGAGGAGGAAUAAGAUGAAGGGAGAAGCGGCCAGGAAGAGAGAGAGGAAGAGGAACAGGAACGUGCCGGUGGGCCCCGAGCCUCCCUCGUCCCUCUCAGCUCCGCCCCCGCGCCCCGCCCUCUCGCUCUCUGACCUGCAGGUGGGCGGGCGCUGCAAGUGUAACGGACACGCUUCGCGGUGUCGCCGUGAUGCCCAGGGGCGCGCCGCCUGCCAGUGCGAGCACCACACGGCCGGGCCCGACUGCGACGCGUGCGAGCCCUUCUACUGCGACCGGCCGUGGCAGCGGGCCACGCCCAGCCAGCCGCACCCCUGCGUCCCGUGCCAGUGCAACGGUCACUCCUCCAGGUGCCGCUUCAGCAUGGAGGUGUUCCAGCAGUCGGGGAGGCGCAGCGGGGGGGUCUGUCUCAGGUGCCGUCAUCACACGGCCGGACGCCACUGCCAGUACUGCCGCGCCGGGUACACGCGUGACCACAGCAAGCCGCUGACGCACCGCCAGGCCUGCCGACCGUGCCAGUGCCACCCUGUGGGGGCCGUGGGACACUGGUGCGACCCGACUACGGGGCAGUGUAUCUGUCGGGACGGGGUCGCCGGACCGAGGUGCAGCCGCUGCGCCCCCGGCUUCCAGCGGGGGCGCUCUCCCGUUCGGCCCUGCCUCAGGAUCCAGGAACUGGUCCCCACAACCCCAGUGUACCAGCCACAGUACAGCUUUGGGGACGAGUGCCGCUCCUACUGCCAGCCCUCGCAGGCCAAAGUGACGAUGAACCUGGAGACCUACUGCCUGAAGGACUACGUGCUGAAGGUGCAGGUGAGGGCCAUGGAGCGCUCGGGACCCUGGUGGCACUUCUCGGUGCUCGUCCAGUCCGUGUUCCGCCUGGGCUCGUCCCGCGUGCGCCGGGGUCUCCAGGACGUGUGGGUGCCGGAGCGGGACCUGGGCUGCGGGUGCCCCGCCCUGCAGGUGGGCCGCACCUUCCUGUUGAUCGGCACUCAGGUCGCGGGGGGGGGCUGGGGUCCCGGCGAGAGCCGCCUGGUGGCCGACCGCGGCACGCUGGCCCUGCAGUGGAGGGAGCACUGGAGUCCCAAACUGCGGGGCUUCCGGGGUCAGGACCGCAGGGGCCGCUGCCUCGCCGGAACCCCGGGAAGCCUAGCGGAGCUGACACCGUCCCGGCCCCCGCCCCCGCGCCCAGGCACUCCGAGGCGAGAGCGCGACCGUCCCGGAGACGCCCGAGGGUCUCUCCACCGCGUGGAGCCCACGGAACUGAGUGCCACAGCUGCGCCUCGCCCGUACGCCCCCCUUGAGCAGCCGAAGUGAGAGACUGGCGGCCGAAGCUUCGACGGGGCCCGGUGUGGGAAGCUGCCCGUCUCACUCUGCCCUCUGGAACUGGGCACCCGACCGGCAGCAGAAGCACGCAGUCCGACCGCGUCGCACCCCAUUGUGUCUCGUGUUGCAGCCGCAGAACCGAAACCGCAUUUUUCCUAGAAGGAGUCGUGACUCCGAGGAGCACAGAGCAGUUGCUGUGGUUACUGUGGUAAAAAGGCUCCACACGGACCGUGGACCGUGAAGUGUGCGGUCCCGCCGCAGCCGCCCCAUCUGAGUGUGAACAGAGCUCCUGUGCGUAAUAAAGUGUGAAUGUUGCAGGAAAAUACCACACUGUACUGUCCAAGUGUGUGCGCUCCUACGUGACAACGACUCGGUACCACAGUAAUACCGUAGUUUUGAAGAAAAGUGCAAUAUCUC